AAGUGGUAAAUUGCUCUCCCUUGCAGCUUUUUUGGAAAAGCAGGGGCUGUAUUUGUUUGAGGAAAUGUAUAUGUCUUUGUGCUAUCUUCCUGUUUUAAAUGCAGUUAAGCAAAGUUGGGGAUGGCGAGCAUACGGAUUUCGUAAGCGACAUGACUACAUUACCACACGGAUCAAGCUCAGCCAAUCAGAUCGGCAGUAUCUGGACUAGUGAAGAAACUCACUGUCUGAUUGGCCUAUGGAACAACAACAGAGUUCUACAAGAACUAGAACCAAGAUGGAACAAAAAGGGAUAUGAACUUCUGAGCCGAAGGCUGCGGAAAGCGGGUUACAACCGGACUGCAGCACAAGUGAACUCUAAGGUCAAGGCCCUGAAGUGCCGUUACCGCAAGCACAAGGAGACAGUAACCAAUAGUGGACCCGGGAAAAGUGACUGGGAGUUCUUUGAGGAGCUGGACUCCUUCUUGGGUGAUGCCUCCAGCACUGAUCGUCUAUUGGACACUAGGACAGGGGAGGAUGAAGAUGGAGAGGGUGAAGUUGGGGAAGACGAGGAUGUGGAUUUUGUUAGUGACACGGCUACAUCACCACAUGGACCAAUCCCAGCCAUCCUGAACAAAUCCAAUCAGUUUGGCAGUAUCUGGACAAGGAAAGAGACGCGCUGUUUGAUUGGCCUAUGGAACAACGACAGGGUUCUACGUGAACUAGAACGGACACAUUGCAGAAAGGGAUAUGAACUGCUCUCCAGACAGCUGCAAGAAGCAGGUUACAACCGGACUGCAGCACAAGUGAAAUCUAAGGUCAAGGCCAUGAAGCACCGUUACCGCAGGCACAAAGAGACAGCCGGGAAAAGUGACUGGGAGUUCUUUGAGGAGCUGGACUCCUUCUUGGGCAAUGUCUCCAGACCUGACCAUCGACUGGACACCAGGACAGUGGAGGAUGAAGGUAGGACUAAAUCUAAUUAAUAUAAAGAAUACUACAUUUUUAAAAGCAGAGCCUCUUCACCGAGGUUAUAUUUUAGGGCUGUAUACAGUGUUUUUCAGUAACAAGUGUUUUUAGAACAAGUUAAAUUGCCCAUGUAUUUAUUUUAAGUAACGCAUAUUCUCAAAGCCCCUAUGGUGUGCUUUUCAGUAUUAAGUGUUCCUAAAACCACCAUGUAGUGCUGAAACCCAUACAUUGCUUUUCUCUAAAAGUGUUAUCAAAAUCCCCUUAUAGUGCUUUUCAGUAAAGAAUAUUCUCAAAACCCCCAUACAGUGCUUUUUAUU